AUGUCUGACCAGAAUGUCCGCAGUGCUGGGUUCACUCCCUCUGGGAUCACAGGAGGAUCCCUGGCCUCAUCACUGAUGUCCCAAGAAGCAAGAGCCUCUGGGGGAGGUGUGCCUUCUGGAGGCCCCACUUCUACUCUCCAGGAAAUGGGUGCCAAAGGCACGACCCACUCAUCAGGCUAUACCAGCAGUGGGAUCUCUGGUGGAUCCAGGGCCUCCAACACGAUGUCCAAGGAGGCCACAAUUCAUGGAGGUGGCGUUCCCAGAGGUGGCACAACUUCCACUGUCCAGUCCAUCUCCAUGGGUGGAAAAGGAGGAAGACGCUGAAUAGAAGAGAAACAUCAGUGCAUAAAUAAACUCUACAAGCAGUUAAUCCUUCACCAUUGCUUUUGACAAUUUCUCCCCUUCUAUGAUCUCCCUGUUAUGAGAGGCAAAGCCUUCCACAUGCACAAAUAAAGGUUCUGGUAAAAUGGUGGAUUCUUGCAUUAAAUUAAUGGGGACAGAGAUGAGGGGCAGUUCUUUCCUUGAUUAAGUAUUCUCUGAAGCACAUACAAACACCAGCCAAAGGAAGCUAAGGUAUUUGAACUGAAAGGCUGUCCUAGGAAAAUUCUGAGUUUAGCAGCACUAGGCUCUUCAAUUGCAAGUAGCUUGCUUUGUUUAUUUUAGAAAAAGUAUUUAGAGUGCAGAAGUCACCCUGUUGUGAGAGAGAAGCAUAGAAACACACAGUAAGGGGCAGCCAGCAGUUGCUUCUAGAUUUGCUUCUAAUAGGCUAUCAAAUUAAGUUCUGAUUAGCAAAGGAGACAUAUAAGCAAAACAAACAAACAAAAAAACAAAACAAACAAACAAAUAAAAAACCAACAAACCAACCAAAAAAAAACAGUUCCCAGGACUGAUUUUUUUAUGAUCCUAGUGUUUUUAAGGUCUCUUUCACAGUAAUUUCUAGUCCCUAUUUGCUUGCAGCAAGGUGUCAACUUUGUCCCAGUUAGAUUGAAACUUCCCCUGCAAACUUAUGAUAGGUGUGAAUACAUAAGGAAGAGAGCCCAUUUUCUCUGAUAUUGGUCCCACUUUUUGUUGUUCCUCACACCUGACUCCUUUCCUUCAUAUCUGCUUAUACAAUGUUUCCCCAAGUACACCUAGGGAAUGUGCAUUCCCUAUGCAAAUUCCCACAUACAAACUACCCCACACUUUCCUCUUCUUUCUGUCUUUCUGGCUCCUCACCCUCCCU